UCCUCCCUCGGCGCCGAGUACUCGGACGACCACCGCCCCGCCGUCGCCGUCAAGCCCUUCCUCGCCGCCCCCGACGCCGACGCCCUCGCUACCGCCAACAAAGGCCUCGCCUUUGUCGCCGCCGUCGCCCACGCCAGGGCCACCGCCGUCGCCAUCCUCUGCGACGCCCUCACCUGCCCCUGCGCCCGCGGCCCCAACUCCCCUCCUCCUCCUCCUCCUCCUCCGGCCGACGAAUCCAGCACGGUCGUCAUCACCGGCGUCGCCAACCUCGAGCCCCGCGAGUUCCUCGCCGCGCUCGGGAGCGCGGCCGUCGACGCCCCCGCCGUCAGCCUCAUAGACCGGGCCAGGCUCGAGAGCUGGGUCCGGGCGCUCGCCCAGGGAUGGGGCCCCGACGGCCCAGGCCGCUACCAGCGCCGCACCAAAGACGACCUCAUCGACAAGAUUGACCUCGACAUGCUGGCCGACGACGGUGCUGCCUCCGAAGAGGAGGAGAAAAAGGCCGUGGUGCCUCACAAGGCGCCCAAGCAGAGGAAGAGGCGCACAAAAGCCCCCACUCCCAAGGACAAGGAGGAGGAGGAGGAGGAGGAGGAGGAGAUGGCACACAAGACGCCCAAGCAGAGGAGGCGCGCCAAAGCCUCGCUCCUGGACUCCGAGGAGGAGGAGGAGCAGAAACUCAGCAGCCAGAACAAGGAUGAGAGCGGCACUGCACUGUCCGGGAGGCGCGAGCGCAAGAAGAGCAAGUAUCUCUCGCCGCCCUACACCAACAUCGGCGUGUUUGCUCUCGAGGACAAGUCCCCAGAUGAUUCGCCAAAGAAGUCGCCGCCCGCCAGAGCUGCUAACAAGGAUGAGAGGAAGAAUAACAAGGCGUCACCAGAGGAGAAGCAGCAGCACAAGAAGAAGACCAAGGUGGUGCCGCCGCCGCUUCCGCUGGACAAUGUCAAUGCUCAGGAGGUCCUGCUGCUGCUGCGCUGCUUCGGGGAGGACGUCUCUCACAAGAGGCACUUCCCCAAGGCCGCCGAGGACUUCCUUGGCCUGCUCAGGAGCUCCGUGUUCGCCGAGGGUGCUCACCAUGACUCCUACAAGGACCAUGAAUGCCCGGUGGCCAAGAAUGCUGUUGAGAAAGCUGCUGCUGCUGCAGAUGUCCUGGUUUCAGAUUCAGCUGCUACUCCGAAACAAGGCAAGGGUAAGCGUGGUAGAAAGAAGAAGGAUCAGGAUGGCAGCGGUGAUUCUUCUGUCAAGACGAAGAAAGCGGAGAAAACCUCUCCCACGGACUGUGCAGCGGAGGAUGCUUCUGAGGAGAAUAAGAAAGAGGAGAAUGUUUCUGAGAAGAAGAAGAGGGGCAGAAAGAAGAAGGAGCAGGAUGGAACCUCCCCAAAAGGCUCUGUUAUCAACAAGAGGAAGAAGAUGGACAAAACCUCCCCAAAAGCAACUCUUGGGCCUGCCUCUGGCUCCGGCUCUGGCUUGGUUAUCACACCCGCUAUUCCUAUCAGGCAGGUGAGUGCUGAGGAUAUCAUGGGCCAAGUCAAACCAGGAGCUGGGGUUCCUGAUCCCAUGAUGAAGAGCAGCUUGUUGGUGUCCAAGAGCCCUAUUUCAGCCAUAAUGUCUGGAGGAGUAAAAUCUGGAGAGGAGCAGGACCAAGGAGACACUGGAUCAGUUGUGAAUGCUUCAUCUGACCAAUCUGCCAAAAACAAUGAGGAAGCAACAAAGCCAGAAACUGGUAUGAAUGUGGAUACUCUUGACGCUGUGGGUAGUGGUGCCCAGACUCAAGUUACCACGCCUAUGAAUGUGGAUAUGAAUGUGGAUACUCUUGGCGGAGAUGUUGCCCUGGCUGAAGUUACGAUGCCUGAAGCGACAAAGCCUGAAACUGGUGGUAUUCAGGUAGACAUGAAUGUGGAAUGCAUUGGUGUUGUAGAUGUGCCUGUCACAAGUGUCCAGAUGGAAGCAAUGGAGCUGGAAGCUAGUAUUCCUGUAGUGGAUAUAAAUGAACAAAUUGCGGCCGUGGAAGAUGUGCCUGCUACAAGUGGCUGGCUUCCACCUAUGCAUGGAGAUGUCAUAUCCCAGCCCGCCCAUGGAAACAAAGACAAUGCAAGUGUGCAAGGGCGUGCAGUCCAAGAAUCCUACACAUCUCUGAUUAAGGCGAUGGUGCCGGAUAUGUACAAGAAAGUGGAGGAGGUUGCUGCUGGAACAGGUGCGGCGCCUCAAGGUGAUGAGGCUCAAAAGGUUCAAGAGACUAGCCAGAUGAAGGCAGUUGCUGAUGGAGCUAGCCAUUCUUCUCCUGCAAAGGGCACUACCAAUGGUAGCCCCUGCCCUGAUGCGCCCAACUCUGCCCAGAAGAGGAGGAACAAGAAGCCUGCAGCAGCAUACUUUGCCAACCCAGCAGAGCUCCGGGUGAAAUUCUUGGACGGCACCAUGGUCCCCACCAAGGAGGAGCUGCUCUCGGAGUUCCGCAGGUUUGGCGUCCUGGUGGAGUCGGAGUGCGACAUAUCAGAAGAGCGCCGCGACGCGCGCGUGGUGUUUGGGAAGAGCACCGAGGCGGAGGCGGCCUACACCAAGGCGGAGAUCCCAGGCAUCUUUGGGCAGUUCGGGCCCCCCUGGGCCACCCUGGGGCUCAACUACCUGGAGGCGAUCACGCUUGCACCUGCCCGUCCUGCCAAGCCCCCGCUGGCUCGUGCUGACAUGAGGAAGAACGUGGAGAACAUGAUCUCGUCCCUGAAGAACGGGGGGCGCUCUUUGCCGCUCAACGUCGGAGCGGCCGCUCCCGCUGGAGGAGCGGCGCCCGUGUCGGCGGGCCUCCUUGCUGAGAUGCAGCGGCUCCUGUCCAAGCUCGACAAGACGCAGCCGGCCCCUGGGCCUUCGGGCUCGGCUCCUCCGCCAUCGUCGUAGGCCGUCCCUACCUGCCUGCCCUUGUAUUGGAUGGAUCCAUGGAGCUUGUGUUGCUCCUCCCUAGCUUAGCUAGCUAGUUAGUGAACUAGUUGUUUUAUAUUUUCGGUCUAGGCAUGAAGGCACGAACGCACUCGCAUAUGCUGGCUGGCUGUCUUUUGUUGAUUAUUAGAGAUGCUGUCUCUGUUGCUUUAUUUCCAGUCUGAGUUGAUGAUGAACUAGAUAUGUAGUAGCCAGAUGAACUAGAUGUAUGGAUGUAUGGAUGGCAUGGCAGACGUUAUUUUGUCAUCAUCAAAUCAUUUCUGCUUGCUUUUCUGCAUCA